AUGAGCCUUUCUCAUCUACCCACUGAAAUCCUGUGGAUCAUUUCAUCCUAUCUUUCGCGCCGGAGCGACAUCUAUGGCUUGGUUAGAACCAAUCGUCGUCUGUACCAAGAGCUGAAAAGUUGUCUUUACUAUUGGAAUGCUCAAUACGAAUCCGGGUCGGCGGUCCCUGUUGCAGCCGAGUUAAAUAUCCUUCCACAGCUCCACGAUCUUUUAGUCGGAUUAGAUCUUGCCCGAACUAGAUCUGACUCGCUUCCCCAGAAAGUGACCCAGAUACACUAUCUGACCCGGCGUAAAGGAGAUUUGGGCAUUCGUGCUGGACAUACCAAGGUUGUUCAUGCUCUGUUGAAUUUUGGUGCAGAAGUCAACUUCUAUCGUGGAAGUCAUACUGCCAACCCACUUCCAUCAGACUAUACUAGCACAAGAUGGCAUAGCCGGAUGGUUGACAUUGACAACCCACCAUUGUUUAUAGCUGUGCAGUAUGGCCACACUGAGAUGGUGAGCAAGUUACUCGAGUGUGGUGCUGAUCCAGAGCGGUAUACCCCUUCACCCUUAUACCGCGCUGUUGAAGAUGAUAAUCUGGAUAUCGUUUCUAUUUUACUGAAAAUAGAUAAACGAUCCCAGAAAUCAGCCUUGAAACUUGCUGUAUUACGACGGAACUCUUCUAUGGUUGAAUUUCUGCUGCUCGGUGGCCUGGGAGCUUCAGAGCAUGGCAAUGCCGGUCUAUAUGUUGCUGAAAUGAAAGGUUACAAGGAAAUAGCUUGUUUGCUGAAGCUUCAUGGUGCGACUAUUGAUACACUCUCCGAUAGGGACAGAAAGAAGUGGGAAGCAGAAGACAGAGAUGGUACUGAUCGCGCCAAAUAUGGGUGGUCCUCUGAUUCUCAUGCAGAAGAUUAUCCAGAUGAACCUUCAAGUUCAGAAUCCGAGUCUGAGAAUAUGGAUUUGAUAUGA